AUGCUGCGACCUCCCGUUUUCCGUCAAGUGCGUAGGGCACAUACUUCUGCUUGGAGUAAAAACCCACAGCUCGAUGAAAUCAUCAGAGUGGACCAUGCUGGCGAGUUAGGUGCAGAUAGAAUAUAUGCCGGUCAAAUGGCAGUGUUAGGAAAUACAAAAGAAGGUCCUCUCAUCCAGCACAUGUGGGACCAGGAGAAGAAGCACCGGGAGAAGUUUGAGGAGCUGAUCUCGAAGCAUCGUGUUAGGCCAACUGUGAUGACACCGCUGUGGAAUAUCGCUGGAUUUGCGCUUGGAGCUGGUACUGCACUACUUGGCAAAGAGGCCGCAAUGGCCUGUACAGUAGCUGUGGAGACUGUCAUAGUAGACCACUACAAUGACCAGCUGCGAACGCUAAUGGAAGAUCCUCAGAUAGAUAAGGAGAUCCUGGAAACCAUUACCCAGUUCCGAAAUGAGGAACAGGAGCAUCAUGAUACCGGGAUAGACCAUGGCGCGGAACAGGCGCCGUUCUACCAAGCCCUAACCGAAGUUAUAAAGACUGGCUGCAAAGUGGCCAUAGCGAUUUCAAAGAAGAUAUGA